AUGUCGGCGAAGAGUACCUCAGGCCCUGGCGGCAAGAAGCCAGCUUCAGCGGCGACCAACUUGAUCGCUGGUGGUGGAGCUGGCAUGAUGGAGGCACUUGUCUGCCAUCCUUUAGACACAAUCAAAGUUCGCAUGCAACUUUCGAGACGACAGCGAACAGCAGGCACCAAACGACGAGGCUUCAUCAAGACUGGUAUGGAGAUUGCAAGGAAAGAAACGCCUCUUGGUCUUUAUAAAGGACUGGGUGCCGUCCUCACUGGUAUUGUGCCUAAGAUGGCCAUUCGGUUCACCAGCUACGAAUGGUAUAAGCAGAUGUUGGCUGGUCAAGAUGGUCAGAUUAAGGGUAGUGCCAACUUUAUGGCUGGUCUGGCUGCAGGUGUGACCGAGGCCGUUGCAGUGGUAACGCCCAUGGAAGUCGUCAAGAUUAGGCUACAAGCACAACACCACAGCAUGGCCGACCCAUUGGACGUUCCCAAAUACCGUAAUGCAGCUCACGCAUGCUUGAUGAUGAUCAGGGAGGAAGGCGUCGGCGCUCUAUGGCGCGGUGUAUCUCUCACGGCACUCAGACAGGGUACCAACCAGGCCGCCAACUUUACCGCGUACACCGAACUCAAGGCAUAUCUUCAGAACAACAGCCCCGAUCCUUCCGCGCCGCUGUCAACACCAGUGACCAUGGGAAUCGGUCUGAUCUCCGGUGCUGUCGGUCCUUUCUGCAACGCACCCAUAGACACGAUCAAGACUCGUUUACAACGGAUGCCAGCCGAGCCGGGUCAGACUGCCCUUGGGCGCAUCCAAACUAUUGCAAGCCAACUGUUGAAGCAAGAAGGUGCUCGAGCUUUCUGGAUGGGCAUUACACCACGAGUGGCGCGUGUCGCACCUGGGCAGGCAGUCACUUUCGCCGUGUAUGAAUAUCUUAAGGGCAUUCUAGAGAAAGGUCGCGAGAUGAUACCCGGCGGACAGUACGAAGAAUAG